UUUACCAUAAUACCCCGACAGAAGCUCUUUCUUCACCCGUCAGGAUUCCGAUUUCCUGGCACUAUUUGCACUUGGCACUUCACGUUAAAAGGAAACCGAGUUUCCAAGUCCAAGCCCUAGAAUUCUCAACUGUCCUUCAAUUCUUCAUUGCUCAUUAGCAGUCCCAAGCUUCGCAGCGUAUUCUCUUUGGAGAAGCGACAAACCAUUGCCUAAUAAUCAAUCAAUCAAUCAAUCAAUCAAAUUCAAUUAUGAAUGACUACGAAGGUGGAAGGUACGAUGGCAAUGGUGCUGACUUCGAUAACGAUAACUACGGUUCCGCCGACGGUGGCGGUUUCUCCCCUCAGCCUCGCACUAACAGCCACAGCCAUGGCGGUGCCGACGAUCACAUAAAUUCCAGAUCUCGGCAUGGCUCACGAGACAACAACGAAAGAGAUUAUUCAAAAAGUAGGGAAAAGGAUAGAGAGAAAGGGCGUGAUAAGGAUAGGGAUAGAGAUAGGGACAGGGAUAGGGAUCGUGAGAGGGACAAAGAAAGGAGGAGAAGCAAGGACAGGGACAGGGUUAGCGAAAGGGACCGAGACAAGGAUCAUGACCGUUACCAUAGAGAUCGUGAUCGCCACAGAGAUCGUGGUGAGAGGAGGGAACGGGGUAGAGAUAGAGAUGAUGAUGAUUAUCACCGAAGCCGAGACUAUGAACGGGACAGGCGGAGAGAUUAUGAUAGGGACAGGGAAGACAGGCACCGGCAUCGGUCACGAUCUCCUUCAAAGGGUAGAUCUGAACGCAGAUCCAAAUCACGUUCACGCUCCCGUUCCCGUUCUAAGAGCAAAAGGAUCCGUGGUUUUGAUAUGGCUCCUCCCCCAUCUGCAAUGUUGGCUGGUGCAGCUGCAGCUGCUGCUGCUGCAGGUCAGAUUCCUGGGACAAAUCCUGCCUUUUCUGGAAUGUUUCCUAACAUGUUUCCUUUAGGGGCCGGUCAGCAGUUUGGUGCUCUUCCAGUUAUGCCAGUUCAGGCAAUGACUCAGCAGGCCACUAGGCAUGCUCGGCGGGUAUAUGUUGGAGGACUUUCCCCUACAGCUAAUGAACAAUCCGUAGCAACUUUUUUCAGCCAUGUUAUGGCUGCAAUUGGAGGAAAUACUGCUGGCCCAGGGGAUGCUGUUGUAAAUGUCUAUAUAAACCAUGAAAAGAAGUUUGCUUUUGUGGAGAUGAGGUCUGUUGAGGAGGCUAGUAAUGCAAUGGCUUUGGAUGGAAUUAUUUUUGAGGGAGCACCUGUCAAGGUGAGGAGGCCUAGUGACUAUAACCCUUCUCUUGCUGCAACACUUGGUCCAAGCCAGCCCAAUCCCAAUCUUAACCUUGCGGCGGUUGGCUUAACUUCAGGCUCUGCUGGUGGGCUUGAGGGUCCUGACCGCAUCUUUGUUGGUGGUCUUCCCUAUUACUUUACAGAAGCUCAAAUCAGAGAGUUGUUGGAAUCCUUUGGGCCUCUUCGAGGUUUUGAUCUAGUCAAAGACAGAGAAACAGGCAACUCGAAGGGCUAUGCAUUUUGUGUUUAUCAAGAUCUUUCAGUUACAGACAUAGCUUGUGCUGCUUUGAAUGGAAUUAAAAUGGGUGACAAAACUCUCACUGUUAGGCGUGCCAACCAGGGGGCUAACCAACCUAAGCCUGAGCAAGAUAAUGUUCUAUUGCAUGCCCAGCAGCAGAUUGCAUUGCAGAGGCUUAUGUUACAACCUGCCCCUACCAAAGUUGUAUGCCUAACUCAAGUAGUUACUGCUGAUGAACUAAAAGAUGACGAGGAGUAUGAAAACAUCUUGGAAGACAUGAGAAUGGAAGGCGGGAAAUUUGGUACAUUGGUGAAUGUUGUUGUCCCACGCCCAAAGGCAGAUGGUGAAGCCUCUUCAGGAGUUGGGAAGGUGUUCUUGGAGUAUGCGGAUAUCGAAGGUGCUACAAGAGCCCGAGCAGGGAUGAACGGGCGGAAAUUUGGUGGGAAUCAAGUUGUGGCUGUGUUUUAUCCAGAGAACAAGUUCUAUCAGGGAGAAUAUGAUGGCUAGUUAGUGCCUUAUUUGCAUUUGGUGACAUUCAGUGUGAGGCCCCUAUAUUUAGAACUUGAUGGUUUACUGUGAUGUUAUUGAUGGUACCUUGAGCUGUAUUGAACUUCCUUGUUUUUCUAGGAAGCAAUUGUAUUUUGGUUGGUAAAAACUCUGCUUCGUUCUGUUUUUUCA